CGCUCAUGGGGCGGGAUGUCUGUCUUCACUCUCUGGUCCUCUGACUGGUGCUGUUUUUCCCUCUCCAGGCAAUACCUGGUCCUGGUGCCUGUUGUUGUCCCCACGGAAACCCCCAAGAAGAUCUGCGUCCAGCUGAGCCACCUGAACGAGUCAGUAUCCCUGAGCAUCACCCUGGAAUACGGCCUGCAGAACAGGACCCUCCUAACACAAGAGGUCUCCGAGAAAGACCUGUUCCAGUGCGUCCCAUUUCAGCUCCCCAAAUGGGAAUGGUCCUUUCGCUCCCACAUAGCACUUGUCACAGUGGAGAUAAGAGGGCCAACCCUGAAGUACCUAAGCCGGAAAAGAGUGUAUGUCGAAAAUCAGGAGAGCCUUGUCUUUAUUCAGACCGACAAACCCAUCUACAAGCCAGGACAGAAAAUACUUUUUCGUAUUGUCUCUCUGGAUAAAGAUUUCCAUCCCUUGAACGAGAAGUUUCCUUUGGUCUACAUUCUGGACCCCAAGAGAAACCGGUUGUUCCAGUGGCGAGAUGUGGAACUGGAGGUGGGCCUUACCCAGCUUGAAUUUCCCCUGGCUUCCGAGCCCGCCUUAGGCACCUACAAAGUGGUGGUUCAGAAGGCUUCUGGAAAAAAUGUUGAACAUUCCUUCACGGUGGAUGAAUACGUGUUGCCCAAGUAUGAUGUCCAGGUGAAGGCCCCCCAAACCAUAACGAUUCUGGACAAGGAAACGUCUGUAACCGUCUGUGGCAAGUACACCUACGGGAAGCCGGUUCCUGGUCUGGUGAACGUCAGGGUUUGCCGGAAAUAUUCCUAUUUCGGAAGCUCAUGUUAUGGUGAAGAGUCAAAAGCUGUCUGCGAGGAAUUCAGUGGACAGGCUGAUAUACACGGCUGCUUCUCUCAUGUGGUGGACCUGAAGAUAUUCCAGAUGAAGAGGGAUGGAUUUCAGAUGGAGCUUCAGACAGUGGGUGUAAUCACAGAAGAAGGGACAGAGAUUAAGCUGACAGGCUCAGCUACCACACUGAUAACUUCGACAAUCAGCGCUGUUACUUUUGAAAAGAUGGACACUUUCUACAAGCCCGGGCUUCCCUUCUCUGGGGAGAUGAAACUUGUGGACGGUAGCAAGAAGCCGUUGGCCAACAAGACCAUUGAACUUCAAAUAUCGGAAGUAGCGAACAAAUCCUACUACAAAACUAAUGAUGAAGGACGAGUCCACUUUUCCAUAGAUACUUCUAACUUCACGAAUGAAGCCAUGCAACUCACUGCAAUUUACCAGACUGAAUCUCCUUGUUACGAUAGGAACUGGGUCUCCCCUCAUCACCAAAAUGCCCAUUACUCAGCACCACGUUUCUAUUCUCCAAGUCAAAGCUACCUCAAAAUUGAAUUGCCUGCUAGCACGCUAAGUUGCGGAAAACAUACAGUCAUCCGCAUCCAUUAUGUUCUCAACCCAAAUGUCAUAAAGGACAAAGAAGUUGUCUUUUACUACUUGGUGCUGGCAAAAGGGGAGAUUGUGAAGACCGAUACUCACAACCUAAAAGUAAAGCAUAAUAAAGGAGUAUUUACCCUGGAUCUCUCUGUGGAUAUCAAGACUGCUCCUUUGGCCCGCUUGUUGCUGUACACAAUAUUGGAUAAUGGAGAACUCGUGGCGCACUCUGCAGAUUUUCCUGUUGAAACCUGUUUCUCCAAUAAGGUGAAUCUAGAGUUUGCUGAGCGCAAAGGCCUGCCUGGCAGCCACAUAAACCUCCAUCUUGCAGCUGCGGGUGACUCCCUCUGUGCUGUCCAUGCGGUUGACGAGAGCGUCUACCUCCUGAAGCCGGGAGCGGAACUUUCUUCUCGAACGGUGUAUGAUUUGCUGCCUCUAAAAGACCUCAGUGGCUACUACUAUGGAGGUGAGAAUUUGGAAGACCCGGACACGAACCCCUGUACACCUCCCAAAAAGAUCAUUGUGGACGGUAUCCGCUACCAAACCGAUUUCUAUUCUUAUGGUGAAGGUGACGCCUAUACAGUUCUCAAGGACGUUGGUCUCAAAAUCUUUACUAGCACCAAGAUCUACAAGCCUAAUAUUUGCAGAGAAUUGGUAUAUGGCGGGGGCUACCAUACCGGAAUGCGUUUGUCUGCACCAGACGUCUCUGAAAUGAACAUUGCUGUAGCUCCUGACAUAGAACCAGUAGAAACAACCAUCAGGACCUUUUUCCCUGAAACCUGGUUAUGGCUCUUGAAAGCUCUUGGCGGUGAAGGAAGCAGCGAGACCAAGGUCACUAUGCCCGUCACCAUUCCAGACACUAUCACAGAUUGGAGAGCUGGAGCCUUCUGCCUGUCCCCAGCCAUGGGCUUCGGCCUGGCCCCUACCGCCUUCCUCACAGCCCUCCAGCCUUUCUUCACUGAAGUCACUCUGCCAUACAGUGUAGUGCGGGGAGAAACCUUUGUCCUGAAGGCCACCGUCUUCAACUAUAUGCCACAUUCUCUCCAGGUCAGUAUAUCACUGCUGCUUUCGCCUGACUAUGCUGCUGCUCCUGUGGAAAAGGAAGAAGCUUCGUAUUGUCUGCCUGUGGAUGGAAGGCACACAGUGUCAUGGGAAGUGGUCCCCAACUCUCUAGGGGAAGUGAACUUCACGAUAACUGCAGAGGCCCUGAAAUCCGACCAGCUCUGUGGGAAUGACAUCGUGGAAGUGCCUACGAAAGGACGAAGAGACAUCGUGGUCAAAACCCUCUUAGUUGAGCCUGAAGGAAUCAAGAAGGAAGUAGUCAUCAACAAUUUGCUAUGCGGAGGCAAAGGAACCCAGUCCACAACUAUUUCCUUAAAGGUCCCAGACGACAUCGUGGAGAAAUCUGCACGGGCUAACUUCUGUGUGUUGGGUGAUAUUUUGGGCUCAGCCAUCCAGAACCUGCACCAGCUUCUCCAGUUGCCUUUUGGCUGUGGGGAGCAAAACAUGGCCCUGUUUGCCCCCAAUGUUUACAUCCUGGACUAUCUGAACAAGACUGGGCAGCUGACCGAGGAAAUCGAGUCGAAGGCGAUCGGAUACUUAGUGACUGGCUACCAGAGGCAGCUGCACUACAAACAUGCGGACGGUUCCUACAGCACCUUUGGGGAACGUAACAAUCAGCCUGGAAACGUCUGGCUGACGGCUUUUGUGCUGAAGUCCUUUUUUCAGGCGAAGAGAUAUAUCUCUGUGGAGGAACGUCACCUGAUUGACGCUCGGAUGUUUUUGGCCUUAAAACAGAAGGAAAAUGGCUGCUUCCAGAGCACUGGGGCACUCCUGAACAAUGCGCUAAAGGGUGGAGUUGAUGAUGAGGACACUCUCUCAGCCUACAUUGCCAUCGCUUUGCUAGAAUCCUCCUUGCCUGUCACGCAUUCAGUAGUGCGAAACGCUUUGUUUUGCCUGGAGACGGCAUCCCAGAAGAAGGAGAUCAACAUAUACACCCAGAGCUUGCUGGCGUAUGCCUUUGCUUUGGCCCAUAAAGAGGACAAGGUGACAGAAAUAUUGCACAGCCUUCAAGAAAAGGCUGUGAAAGGAGAAGAUGGCUCCAUUCACUGGGAGAGACCUGUGAUGCCGAAGAAGAAACCCCAGUCUCCAUACUACCAGCCUCGUGCUUCCUCAGCAGAGAUAGAAAUGACCUCCUACAUCCUCCUUACUUACCUGUGCAGAUUUUCAGCACUAUCUGAGGAAGAUCUGUCCAUAGUUGUCAACAUUUUGAAAUGGCUUAGAAGACAACAGAAUCCCACUGGAGGAUUUUCUUCAACACAGGACACCGUGGUAGCGCUCCAGGCCCUCUCCAUGUAUGGGGCUUUGACCUUCUCCAAGAAUAGAGCAGGCACCGAAGUGGCCUUGAUGUCUGGUGGGAACAGUUUGAGUCAAUUCCACGUAGACAACACCAACAGCCUUCUGCUUCAGUGCCAGGACCUGCCCAGUGUGCCUGGGGAGUACAAUGCAGUCCUGACUGGGGAAGGGUGCAUCUACCUGCAGACCACCUUGAAAUACAAUGUGCACCCACACCCAGGGGAGGAACCAUUUUCACUAAGUGUCAGCACAGUUCCUGAAACGUGUGUUGGACCCAGGGCCCACAAAGAAUACGGCAUUGCAGUAAACGUCAGUUACAUCGGCAAGCGCAUGGUCUCCAACAUGGCGAUCAUUAAUAUUAAGAUGGUCUCUGGAUUUGUACCAAAUAAGCCGUCUGUAAAAAAGCUGGAAAAGCAGAAUCCAAUUACCCAAGCAGAUAUAACUGCUAGCAACGUCAUCCUGUAUUUGGAGAAGCUGACCAAUGUCACCCAGCACAUCUUUUUCACGGUGGAACAGGACAUUGUUAUCAGUAAUCUGAGGCCUGCAUUCGUGGAAGUGUAUGACUAUUACGAAGAUGAAUCUGCGGUGGUUGAAUAUAGCGCCCCCUGCAGUACAGCUAAGUCUGGGAAAGUGUGAAGAACAGAAUCAUCUUCUAUUACCCCCCGGUCAAUCCCACUGCUGCUUUCCUGUCCACCCGGAUGAGAAAGCACAGCCAGAAGACAGUGACCCAAGAAAAAUCUGGUGGACUUUGCCUAUUAAGAACCCUCUGGAUGCCUCACUUUAGCUACAGCUUUAUGAGCCCUGAGGAAUGUGAGUCACACCACCAACUUCACCUUCUCUCCAUUUGAGCCUGGAAAAAAUAAACAUCUGUCAUUUGCCAUUGUCUCCUCUGGGGGUUGAAACAAAUAAAUAAAUAAAUACA